CAACAACUGCUCUACAACAAGCAAACCUCUGCUGCACAUACACCCCCCAUUCCGCCGGACGAUGCCAACUUGACCCUUCCGCGCCAUGGACGGUACUCCGCGACGAGGGCCCGGCGGAUUUCCCGCGACGCCGCAGGCAAACCGCUCGCCAGGCGCACGCAGUGCCGGUGCGACAUUCACGCCCACUCGACCAAAUGUGCGCUCUCCGCUGCCCCAGGUGCCCAAGGUACCUGACCAGAGCAGCUCAGGACCUUUGAUACCAACUCAUGUCAUGGAUCCCGCCCAGCAAAGGUUCUAUGCUGUUGGAUUGUACGGUCUGCUGCUCGCGUGGAAGCUGUACGACUUCUACACCCUGACCCUAGAUGAGGAGACGUCGGCGUGGGAAUUCCUCAAAUGGUCCUUUAUAGACAUGGUUUUUGUCUUCGGCCUGCCCCUAUUCGAAAUCCCUUGGGUUGAAUGGGGGAAUAUCACCGCUGCCCUGCUGUUCAUCUUACAUAUGGGCAUAAACGCAAUGUUGAUGUUUCAGGUCGGCAUCCCCAUUCAAUCCUGGAUCUAUUCCCUGGGCGCGUACCUGUACAGCAGAGAGCUUGCAAUCAGCGAACGGAGCGUGAAGCCUCGUGCGAUACUUUUCAACGAAUCCUUAAUCCUGGGGAAACAAAUCAUAAACAUCCUGCCAGAAGGAUCUGCUAUAUUGAACCCAAACAAGGAUUCCUUCUGUCUCAACUCUUCCGUCACUCACCUGGAUCUACCGAUCAUCGUCAACCAGACGAAUCCUACUGCUAUUGAACUUCUCCGUAUCGAUAUCGAGACCAAUCACAAUGAGACAAUUCUCAUCUCAAAAAGCGAAUGCAAGUCGAUGAUGAAAAAGGCCAGGAAGGCACAGAAGCCCAAGGACUCCACAAGCCCAUUGGAACUUCACUACAACAUCAAGAAGACUGGCGUUUACCUCUUGAAAAAGAUUGUUGAUGAGAGCAAUCUGGAGGUGCGGCCACGGCCGUCGAGUGCCGUUGUGGUCGCAUGCCCACGCGCCCGGAUACGACAGACUGGGCAGAACCGUUGCCGCAACGAUCUCUCUGAUGUCGCUCUUGAACUCGAGGGAGUACCACCUCUGCGCCUCAAGUACCGUACCAGCAUCGGCGGUAGGUCGCGUGAUGCUGAGCUGCAAGGUCUCACACCCGAAAGCUAUAACUCGCCCCUAUCGAAGCACACCUCCCAAGCCCUGAUUCGUGCUACCCGCGAGGAUGUAUCAUGGGCGCAACCACAGAAGGUUACUGUUUCCCUAAACGAGACUCUCGGAGAAAGUGGUUCGUGGGCCUACAUCGUAGAGGAGGUCACCGAUGCGCUCGGCAAUCAUGUCAGUUUCCUAGCUCACGAUGAAGAGGAGAAGCCCAAGCACAAGACUGCACCAAUGCACAGCUUCACCGUGCAUGAGCGACCAAACGUAGUGUUGACCGAUUGCAAUGCGCAGAGCCCUCUUCGCAUUGCAAAGGGUAGGGUCAUUCGUUUACCUGUGAAAUAUGGCUCGACAGGAAAACAUGCCAUCAACGCGCCCCAUAUCAUCGAGUACCUCUUCACACCCGAGGCGGAUCUUCUGCCAGAUGGAAGUCAUAGCUUAUCCGCAAUGCUCAAAAAGGAAACUAUGCGCACCAACCGUGAUCAGCCAGUGAUCGCCGCAAGCGGCCUCUACACUCUGAAAUCUGUUUCGACGGAGUUUUGUCAGGGUGAGGUGCUCGAACCUGCGUCCUGCCUACUCCAAAAUCCCCCCGAACCAGAAUUGUCCCUGUCAAGAGAAGACAUUGUGGACAAGUGUGCUGGCAACCCCAUUGGAAUGCGCGUUUCCCUCGACCUCAUUGGCUCUCCGCCCUUCUAUAUCAAGUAUCAACAGCAACGAGCUGGGGAGAGGCCUUCGCGUCCAGAGGAGAUCGAGGUUCAAACUCUUCGCAGCACACUUGAACUUACUCCCAAGGAAGCCGGCCACUACACCUAUACAUUCCUAUCGAUACGAGACUGGGUCUACGAGGAAAGACCUCUUCAUAACCUGAAGCUUGUACAAGAUGUCAAACCGUCGGCUUCUGCUCACUUCAUUGAAGCCGACGGUGUCAAGCAAGUCUGCAUCGAUGAUACCGUAGAGUUUGAUGUUGGCCUUCGCGGUGAGGGUCCGUUCACCCUCGAGUACGAACUUGUGCACAAUGGAAAACGGCAGAAGAGGUCCGUCGUGGUUGAAGAUGAGCACUACACCAUAAAGACUGACAAAUUGCGGAAUGGGGGUGAAUAUAUUCUGUCUCUGGCCAGUAUCACCGAUCGAUUGGGCUGCAAGGAAGUUCUCAAGGCAGAGAGCAGGGUCAACGUCCGGCAUGAGCGGCCAAAAGCCUACUUCGGCCAGAUUGACGGCAAACAGGCCGUCAUGGCCCUUGAAGGAAAAGCCGUCGAACUUCCUCUACGUCUCACUGGUAGUGGGCCAUGGCGACUCGAGUAUGAAAAUUUGGACACUAAGGCGGUCAAAAAGGUGGACAUUGCCCAAGCCAAUUCCAAGCUGCGUAUCGACACGUCAGGGACCUACCAACUGCUCUCAGUGCGUGAUAGAGUAUGUCCCGGCUUCGUUGACGAAAAGACCGGUCAAUUCACCGUAGGGUGGAUUCCCCGCCCUCGCAUCAUGGUUCCCGAAUCUCCAUCAAUGGUUCUCAAAGACGGCCAGUACAUCAGAGAAGAGGUCUGCGAAGGCGAAGAAGACUCAUUCGACAUCACUUUGAAUGGUUCUCCGCCAUUCGAAUUGGCGUAUGAACAGCAGUUUAGAGACAAGAAGAGCGGCAAGGCAGCCGCUUUGAAGAGGAAAGAGAUUCGUGCUCCAGGUGGAACGGGAUCCAUCCGCGCUGAGACUGCGCAAGCUGGCACUUACCAGUACAAGUUCGUACAGCUUGCCGACGGGAAAUACGAUCACUCUUCGAGACAUUUCACACCAGUGACCAUCUUGCAGACGGUUAACCCUCGACCUAGCGCUCGUUUCGACCAUCCUGGCAAGACUUACAGUUUCUGCUCACGCGAAGCUGACGGAGAGGAGGUCAUCCCUAUUACUCUGGAGGGUGUGCCUCCCUUCUACCUUGAAGUGGAGAUCAAGCACUAUGGCACCCCAAAGCCGGACGUAAGCGUUCACAAAUCGAUCAACACGAACAAAUAUAACCUCAAGAUUGAGCAUCGCAAACUCAGUUUGGGCCACUCAACAAUUUCAAUUCGGAAAAUCAGAGACGCACGUGGCUGUACGUAUAAGCCACCGCCCGGCGGCCCACGCGUCCAAAUUAGCGUGCACGAUGCGCCUACGGCAACGCCGCUCGAAGAUCGCACCGACUUCUGCGUUGGCGAGCGGCUUUCCUUCGCUCUUGGGGGUCAGGUGCCGUUCACCGUGUUCUAUACUUUCGAAGACAAAGAGCGUAAAGCGUCAAAUCCUGGGACUACCUUCCGCCGGCUUGCCGAGCUUCCCGGAACCUUCACACUGACGGGUCUGAAGGACUCGGCAUCGGACUGUAUCGCGACCCUUGACCUGACCAAACGCAUUCAUCCCAUACCUUCCGUCCGGCUGUCGGGCGGUCAGGUGACGAAAGUCGAUAUCCACGAGGGCAGUGGGGCAGAUUUGGAGUUUCAAUUCUGGGGAACGCCGCCCUUUGAAUUCACCUACACGAGAAGCACCAACGAGCAGAAGGGCCGGAAGAGCAAGGUUCUGGAGAUACGGACCGAGAUCUCGCACGAGCACUUUAUGAGUAUACCUGUCCAGGAAGAGGGGACGUAUGAGGUCGUUAGCAUCAAGGACCGAUGGUGCAGUUACGCGAAACAGAUCGAGGGCAUAGAUGUAGGCAAGGGUGCAAGUGGGCAAAAGCUGUUGCAGUAUUGAGACAGUGGCGUUGGUGUUGGGGUAUGGUAUGAUUGGAGUUUUAUGUGCAAAUGAGCAUUUCGGCGGCGUUAGGUGUAUCAUGGAGCGGAUUUUAGUUUUCGAUUUUGGAUGGGUACUAUGUAUAGAGCGAGCCUUGCGAGCGUAUUGUGUGCACUCUUGAUAAGAGGUUCGGUUUGCUGAGGUCCAGACGCGAAUCUGCUUUUGCAAGAACAAUCUGGUCGCAUUAGUCUUGAGGUUGUUAAGGAAGAAUGUAAAUGGAUACCCACU